GCAAGCUAUCGAGCAAUUUUGAUUGAAAUCGAAAAAUAUCAAGUCUUGACAGGACUGCAGCAGAAAUAGAAGAAAGACCUCUGUGAAUAUAUUACAGGAAUACGGAAAAGGUGGAGUUGUUUCUGAGCAUCUGCUGAAGGAACAUGGAAGAGGUAAAGAAGGUGAAGUGCUGGAGUCAGAAAGUGAAGCGAUACGUUGACCCACCCGAUGGAGGCUGGGGCUGGAUGAUAGUUCUCCAUUUCUUUCUGGUGAACGUGUUGGUUAUGGGAACACUGAAGACCUUUGGGAUUUUCUUCGUCACUUUCCAGGACGUGUUUGGGGGGUCUUCGGAGCAGAUCAGCUGGGUCGGGUCCAUAAUGUCCAGCCUCCGCCUCUCUGCAGGUCCGAUUGCUUCAAUCACCUGCGGAAAGCUAGGGGAUCGAUGGACUUCAAUUCUCGGGGCUGCCCUUGUGAGCGGUGGAUUUCUUAUUAGCAUCCUGGCUACCAGUAUCCUCUUCCUUUAUGUGUCCCUUGGUGCUGUAGUUGGAAUUGGCUUUGCUUUUCUCUAUCAAGCAGCAACUGUGAUGCAUGCAAAGUACUUCAAAAAAAGACUAGCGACUGCCUACGCCAUUGCACGAUCAGGAAUGGGCUUGACGUUUGCCCUCGCCCCUUUCACACAGUUACUGCUGGUAGAAUAUGACUGGCAAGGUGCUUUGCUUAUUUUGGGAGGCAUUAUGUUGAAUCUUAUCGCUACUAGUAUGCUCCUGAGGCCAAUUUAUCUCCGUGAACACCAAUCCACAUACUCCCAAUCAACCUGUAAUAUGAAAACACUCAAAACCCCACUUGGCAGUCUAUUUCAGAAUGGAACAAUGAAACAAGGUAUCAUGGAGAACCAUUCGGAAGGCUGUUUAAUCACUGCCAAUCCCACCGUGACUCACGCAGCAAUUGGUCACCUUGACGUUUCCAAGAAUCAUGACAGCUGCAUCCUGAGAGAUGAGAAUCUGAGCGUCAACGCCUCUCGAGUGGACACAGAAUCCAGAAUCUCACACAAUAGCAAAGCCUUUCUAGACAAAAUAACUUUCAGAGCAACUCAUAAAGAGACUGUUGGGGUUUCAAGCAGGAACAAGGGAGUGCAAAGCCUUCCUCCUAAGGAGAAGCUUCUCGACUUCUCACUGUUACGAGAUCCUUUCUUUUGUAUUUACACAUCCUCAGUGGUGUUCAGUCAGUUAGCAUACUUCAUUCCCUACUUUCAUCUAUCAGCAAGGGCCAGGACAUUGGAUAUUGAUGCCAUGGAUGCAUCCUUCAUCAUUUCUGUUGCAGGAAUAACCGAGACUGUGGCCCAACUUGCUUCAGGAUGGAUAGCUGACCAAAACUAUGCAAGCAAGUACCACUACCACAAAGCUUAUCUUCUUCUGUGCGGCCUCUCCAACCUGUUGGCUCCACUGGCAACCACCUAUGCUCAGCUGAUGACAUAUGCCAUAUUCUUUGCUGUGUUCUGUGGUGGAUACAUGGCUCUGCUGCUCCCUGUCUUGGUUGACCUAGUGGGUGUGACAAAAGUACGAAGUUCAAUGGGGUUUUCAAUGUUUUUUGCUGGGAUUGGCUGCCUGACAGGACCUCCAGCAGCAGGUUGGCUAUAUGACUACACACAGACGUAUGACUGUUCUUUCUACCUGGCUGGUGUGUGCUACCUGCUGUCUUCUGUUUCUCUAUUUCUGGAGCCCACUGCACGUAGAUACAAGGCGAGAAAGCAAGCAGAGACUCUGACAGUGAAGAUGGAAACAAUAACAAACGUGGCUUGUAAAACCGAGUGUCAGAACGGGCAACUUAUUAUCCCAUCCGAUGUUAGGACUGAGAAGUUGGAGCACAUCAGCUCUGUAUAA